GUUUCACUUUAUGAAGGUCAUUUAUGUAUAGGGGAAGAAACACGAGGGUCAUUUUGUACCUUUUACUCCAGAAAGCGGGCCAAAGAGCCCAAAACUCGCUGCUAAACAUUUUUGUUCUUUCACUCACUCACUCACUCACCAGGAAGUCAUUGGAGAGCAGAGAAGGGUUUGGGGUUCGAUUGGUUUUUGGUUCGGUUUGGCUUUUCAGGAAGUAAGAUAAAAGGCAUUGUCAAUCUGUUGACAUAGUAACGUCGAUGAACUGAAUAAGUUCUCCUGGAGAUUUUUAUCGGUUACAAGUACAACGUUUUCUUCUCGUACUGUGAAACAUCAGUACUGCUCAUCUUAAAUCUAAUAAACAGCCAUAAGGGGGAAGGCUAGUUUCUUCGAUGAAUUCUAUUUCAAUGCCUUCAUCUCUUGUCCUUCAGUUGCCUUCCCGCCAUUUGUCCUGUCACCGUCAGCUGCAUUCUCAUUACAUUUCCAAUAGAACUGUUGCUUGUCAUGUUCGUUUAGUUUCCUCUCUUUCCAGCUCGUUUCUAUCCAAUUCAUGUUGUUCCUUGCACACUCGCCAAUCAUCAAUUGGUGCUGCAGUUCCAUCAAAUGACGAGGGUCCAGUAUCUGUAAUCAACUUUGAAGAAUUCGCAGAAAAGGAUUGGUCAUUUCUUGAUCUGGAAGACUCGAACUCCGUACAGCAUAAACAAAAUCUUGGCCGGAUAAUUUCUGCGGGAGAGAUUGGGGAGACUUCGAGGGUUUUGGUUUUGAUUGGCUCUGAAGAAUUUGUCGAUCAAUUGGUUGAUACAUCACCCGCCAGUCCUUUGCAUGUCAUACAUGAUUCGCUUUUUGUAUUGGCUAUCACCAAAGAAAAAUAUGACAAAGUUAAAUGUUGGCAUGGGGAGCUGAUACAUAUGCCAGCAAAGUGGGCUCCUUUGGAUGUUGUAUUUCUCUAUUUUCUGCCAGCUUUGCCUUUCAAGCUCGACCAGGUUCUUGGGACGCUCGCACAACAUUGCUCACAAGGUGCAAGAGUGGUCAUUAGCCAUCCCCAAGGAAGGGAAGCGUUGGAGCAGCAACGGAAACAAUACAAAGAUGUUAUAGUUUCUGAACUGCCUGAUAAGAUGACCCUGCAGAAUGCUGCAUCUAAUAAUUCUUUUGAGAUAACUGAAUAUGUGGACGAGCCGGGAUUCUAUCUUGCUGUUUUACGGUUCUCUCGAGCAAGAAACUGAAAUGUUGUUUUCUAUAAUACAUUUUUGCGUAUACAUUGAACAACUGAUUGUGUUUAUUUUAGGUUCACAAAUUAUUAGCUUACCAAUUUCAGUUUUUCGGUUGGUGAUCCGAGUUGCAUUGUGUUCAUAUUAUUUUGUCCUGCAAGAAUUUAAGCUAUUUUUCCAUUAUAUGCUAUUGAUUGAUGCUCCUUAUGAA